AUGACUGUUCGCGAGAAUAUUCUUUAUUCCGGCCGUGUGUUACUCGGUGGGCAGCUGUCCGAUACGCAAAUUCAGGAAUACGUAGAUUCCCUGAUAUCGUCACUGGGUAUACAAGGUAUCCGCGAUCAGCUGGUCGGCGAUCUCCUGAAACAAAGGGGGCGAAGUAUAUCUGGCGGCGAGUAUAAACGUGUGAGUAUCGCCCUCACGUUAACCGCCGCACCGAGGGUUUUAGUUUUGGACGAGCCAACGUCUGGCCUGGAUGCAACAGCUGCGCAUUCUUUGAUGAAACUUUUACACUCGAUCUCCCGCCAGGGCAUCAUGGUGAUCUGUGUGAUACACCAGCCGCGUAUUGAAAUCUUUCAUCUACUGGAUGAUAUCCUCGUUCUGAACGCUGGGACCCAAGUGUAUCAUGGACAAGCAGCAAAGGCACAGUCCUUCUUCGAGCAGUUAGGCCAUGAUUUCCCCAUCGCAUCAAAUCCAGCAGAUGUGAUCCUUGAUGUCUUAUUAAAUCAUCCUCAUGCCCAAAAUUGGAAAGAGAGCGCUCAACAGGUAUUCCCAAGGGAUGACUCGCCUUCUAGAACCGAAAUAGCAGAUGACUUGACUACACUUUUGAAGGCCAUAAAGGAAAGAAGAGCACCAUGGCCUCGCCAGCUUUGGCUCGCCUUGUGUCGGAGUAUAGUCCAACAGAGUCGACAAACCACGGGUCUCGCUUUAGAGGUUGUAUCCAGUGCAGUAAUUGGUCUCAUGAUUGGACUGGCCGCUUUUGAAUCCAGAGGCCACUUCUUCCAAGGGAUCUACCACGCUCCAUUUGACGUCCUUUCGAGCGCCGUUGAUUAUCGUCUGAUAGCCGAACAGGGUCUUUUAUGUUGUCUCGCCAUUGCUUGUGCCGCUGGACCUCCCGGGGUGAAGAUAUUUGGGGAGGAGAAGUUGACAUUCCAUCGAGAAUCACAGAGUGGUCAUUCCCACAGUGCUUAUUUUCUGGGCAAAAACAUAGCCGUCUGUUUCCGAAUGUUGGUGUCGUCCUUACAUUUUACCGCUUUCUAUUUGGUUUUAGCAGCUCCUAUGAUCCCAUUUCGCUCGCAGCUUGGCCUUGGCAUUUUAUAUUCCUACUGUAUCUACGGCCUUGGAUUCGUCGUAUCAGCCGUCAUGCGGCGAGAAGAUGGACCAAUGUUAUGUAUGCUACUAGGUCUCAUCGUUUCAGCCCUGAGUGGCUGCGCUCCCCGGUUAUCGACUGUGCGGGAGUGGCAUAUGGAAUGGUUUUGGUAUUGUUGGCCAGCAACUUGGUUCUCAGAGGCAUUUUACCAGGAAAACACGGCCCCUGUGGCUUACCUUUACAAUGUCCAGUCCGCUUUUACAUUCAGUGGUUACAAGUCAGAUAGAACUGGGAUGGACAUGGGGUAUGUACACCCCCAUUACUCGGUGUGGGAUUUGUAA